GAGGGACUUAGCCUAUCGAUAACAAAUAUCUGGGGCGCUUCGCAUCGAUCGGAGCACGAGUCCGAGGAGCAAGGGUCCAGCAAACGUCAGAAACCGGCCCCUCCAUUACCGCGAAUAGCCUUAUUUAACGGUACGCGGACUACUCGAUGCGGGCGUGGUAGUCUUGCACCAGUCGACAUCAUGGACAACCCUGAUCCAGGAAAAAGACGUGGACUCACGUGCUGGCUACUGGAUACGCGGACACUGUGGCCUGGUGACAAGAUUGCGGAGUCGGCCAAAGAAGCGCUAAGAUUGAUCAGCCCAGAAGAAAGAGGUCUGAUACUGAAGAAAUAUCAUGUCGCUGACGCAAAGAUGAGCCUGGCGUCUGCCCUGCUCAAGCGCCUUUUUGUCCACAAAACCCUAGGCAUACCAUGGAAAGAUAUCACUUUCGGCCGCAAACGCGAUCCCAAACACGGCAAGCCAUGUGCUCUGCUCCCUGCACCAAUGCACGGCCCUGCGCCGUGUGAGUUCAACAUAUCGCACCAAGCCGGCCUGGUCGCACUCGUUGGCUGCGCAACACAGGUACUAGACGCCGAAUUAGGCGUCGAUAUCGUUUGCGUUAACGAGCGCAACGAGAGCAAGACAAUCGACGCCGAUGGCUUCGUAGCGUGGAUCGACAUGUACGCCGAGCUGUUCAGCGCCGAAGAAGCCUUCGACAUGAAAUAUUCCGUCUCGCCAUUUCCCCUGCUCGACGGCACGCUCGUCACGGCUGAGAUGCUGGGCCGCCACGACCGGUGUUGCGUCACGGGGCAGCAACUGUCUGUCACGUUGCCGAGCGGCGAGCAACGCACGUUCUCGAGCGAUUUGCUCAUUGAUGCGAAGCUCAGGCGCUUUUAUACGUUUUGGUGCUACAAGGAGGCGUAUAUCAAGCUCGAUGGUGAGGCUCUGCUUGCGAACUGGAUUCCGCAGCUUGAGUUUCGACAGGUUCGUGCUCCGAGUCCGGGGACGCCGGCAAGGUGCAGUACGCAUGGGGUGUGGGGCGAGCGCGUCACCGAUGCGGAGGUGUGGUUCAAGCAUGCACGUAUGCAAGAGUGUCGGAUGGAGAUCCAAGCUUUCGAGGAGAAUUACAUGAUUGGUGUUGCAGCGAAGGAGAGGAAGUGGGAGAGUGCGACUGAGGGGUUGCCUGAGGUACUUACUGAGUUUGUGAGUCUGCAUUUGGAGGAGGAUAUUAUGAGAGUUGCGAGAGAAGCAUAGAAGUGGUUUAGAGAUUGGAGUUGGAGCGUUCAGCAUACAUAGAUUCUUGCAUUCUGAGCGAGCAUUGUCUGAGCAGUACUAUAUACGUGAUGGAAUCGAACAGUUUUAAAAUGCAUCGUGUCUACUUU